CCCACGACGUCGUGCGGGAUAGUGGGGUUAUGGUCAGGGGGCUUGGUGGACUAACUAACUCGUCCCCAUCUCCCUCUCCAUCUCCUGUCCCUUUGGCUGGCGAUCCUUCUUACAAAGUCAUGUCCGAACCCAGUCCGGCAGACGAAGGCUCUAAACUAAGGUAGGAUCACUCGUGCUGGUCAGAGAUGCAAUCCAUCCUUUGUACUCGGUGCUCUCGAGCCCCGCUGUGGCCAGCCCCGGGCUCCUGAUUACCGGCCACGGACUUCUCCCUCGGACCCCGACGGAGCUAACUGCCUGGCUCACAUGUGCAAUGUCGUCUCAUGUGAGAAGACGUUGUACGAACAUGCAAGCAAAAGAGCGCGAACACACAAGACAAGCAGUGCGAGCACGCGGAACUUUAUGUUACGUCUGCAUUCUUUUUCUCCUCCGGACUUGUUAGCCCCGACCUUAACACUCACAUCGCCGACAUCAUGGUGAAGAUCCUCUGCCUCCACGGCCAAGGAACAAGCGGCUCCAUAUUCAAGUCCCAGUCAGCCUCGUUCAGGAACAAGCUGCCCUCUGACUGGGAAUGGGACUUCCCGGAUGCCCCAUACUCGGCCAAGCCACACCCCGGCAUCGACAUGCUAUUUCGUAGCCCAACAUAUGCGUGGUGGCUAGCUGCACAAGACAUUGUAAACGCUGUUCGUGCUGCCCAUCUAUGGCUCGAUGAGUACAUUCAGGAGAACGGUCCGUAUGAUGGAGUGUGCUGUUUCUCACAGGGAUGCUCACUGGUCGGCACUUACCUCCUAUACCACGCCAAAGAGAACCCUCACCUGCCCCUUCCUUUUGGAUCAGCUGUCUUCAUCUGCGGUGGCCUACCGCUGCCAGCAUUAGAGGACAUGGGUCUUGACGUUCAGGGGGCAAAAGAUCUGAAUCAGAGAACAGUAGACCAGAUGAAGGCCAAAAGCUCCAUGCUCUAUGAUCCCGCGAGUCUACCCAAGGGUCAGGGGCUGUGGGAUUAUACAGCAGAUUUGGAGCAUAAGGCAGAUGAACUGCCCGAUGAAGCAGACUGCUUUGGGCUUGAUUUUACAUCCUUCCCAAAGGAACUCCGGAUAAAAUUGCCAACUGUCCACAUUGUUGGGGCGAAAGACCCUAGAAUGCCGGCUGGCCUGCAACUUGCCUACUUUUGCGACCAUAGGAAGAUAUUUGAUCACGGAGGGGGCCACGAUAUACCGAGGACAACACAGGUAUCGAUGAGCAUCGCGGAUUUGAUCAAAGGCGUUAACAGGGUGUAG